UCAGCGCAUAUAAGGGGUGCCCUGCCUAUAAGGCAGAGAAGCAAAAAUUAGCAGUUAAUAGAAUAGAUUUUCACAAAAUUAGGACAAUAAUGGACGCAAAAAGCAACAAUAACGAACGUCAGCCCCCCCCCUUUUCAACAAGACCCCCCGACUACCUUAUAGUACCGAAAUGGCCGAAGCCCGAAAGGAAGCCGCCAGGAAGUCUGCAAUGAACCCGUUCCGGCAAAAUGGGAAGGAUAGUAGACCAAAUCUACCACACUUUUCUUCACAUGAAGCUGCCAUCCAAAAACGCCUAAAUAAAUGGCGCCGGAAUGCAAACAAGUCCUCCACAAAUGGCAGGGCCAAGGUCAAGGCCCCAAACAUGACUAGAAACUCAGCGCAAAGACAUCUGGAAAAAUUCCAGAACAGGCUUCGAAAUGAUCAAAAUGUGCAUAAGGAACAGAAAAAUGUAGAAAAAAAAAUGGAGCGCAAACAGGGAAAUCACGACAGCCCCCCGACAACGAGUAGAGCUGCUAUGGCAAACCUGAAGCCAAGGAUUGUGAAGGAGACAACGCCCUCACCCCAAAAUACCAACACUCUUCCGAAAAAUAGUCACCCCGACGACCCAGUCAUUAAACUAGCAAAUAGAGUCGACAAUUUGGAAAAGAAGAUUGAUAUUUUAAUGGCUUUAAUUAUACAAGGAAGACAAAAUGACCCAGACAUGGAAACGUCGAUGUAACUGUAAUUAAAACAAAACUGUUAAAAGACUGAAAAGAAAAAGACUCCGACGGCGUUUUUAGCAACUAUGUCCUAGUGGCAGAAACUCGCCAAAUCUCCCUCUUGACAACCUGUAAACAAGGAAAUAACUAUAUAUAAUAAUAUAUAAAAUAUUAAAACGACACUCACCAGCAAGCAAUCCGGACUAAAACCUCUUGACGAUGUAUUCCUGCUGACCCCUACGAAGAAGACGUGAAGGAUGCCACCCACUAGGACCCGCACAGAUGAAUCUGGAAGUAGAUGGACAGGAGAAGGAUCAACGCGCGGCAUAAACAUGAUGAAUUUAAGUCGACUCAUUGCAGCAGCGUAUGCAAAACGUCACUUUUCUGAAUUUUUUGCUGCAGAUCCUUUGAAAUGCCCAGAAACAAUGUCCUGAAAUAACAGCUGAAAUCUCUACGAAAGCCAUACUGGACGGCAAAGGACGACCCAACUUGGCGUAAUUAAAAAAAACUAAUUUUUUGGCAUUUAGAACACAAAAAACAUACAAUGUUUUGACGCAGUCUCCUUAUUGGGAUUCCCCCACGUUUUUACAGACCCUAGGCGUGGUGCUGCCGA